AACCAAUCCGGUUUCAGAAUACUGAUGUCAGAAGCGGCAGACGAGAACACCUUCGAAGUUUGCGAAUCAUUGUCACUCUGACAACUCUGUACCUGUUUGUCACCUACACAGGGGCCACCUACAAAUGGUCACCUACCUUCCUGGAAUAGCCUGCAAGAAUGGUUGAUCUUGGAAACUUUUUACAGAACCGACUCCCUCCACCCUUUCUGCUUCAAGAUGAAGACGAGGCUAACUCUGUGGCUUCAAAAGGAAUCAGUGAUGAGUUUGUCAAACUCCCCACUGAGGAAGAAGACACUAUAUUCAAAGCUGUCCGACUUAACGAUGUGAACAAGAUUAGCUUGAUGCUGAGACAUGGAACCGAUGUCAACAUGGUACACACAGGUGAGGCGUGCAUGGUGAAGUGUCCCUCCCUGUUCCGCAACAUCCAGAUGAAGAGGUACUGUCCACUCCACGUGGCUGUGCUGCACUCAAACAUGGAGACGAUAACAGUUCUGUGCUACCAUGGUGCUGACAUGAACAUUAAGGACGGAAACAACCGGACCCCCAUCUUCCUCGCUACUGCUGCCGCCAGACAGGAUGUCGUCAAGUACCUCAUAGGAAAAGGCGUGGAUUUGAAUAGUCAGACCAGCAGCAAGCGUAGUGCUCUCAUCGAAGCAGUGUGCCUGAAUCGUCUGAACCUGGUGGAUGCCCUGAUUGGGGCGGGAGCAGAUCUGGAGCUGGAAGACAUCAAGGGCACAACAGCACUGGGACAUGCCAUGAUGCAGCCCAGGGUCAGUGUCAAGGUCGUCAACCGACUUGUGGAAGCGGGCUGUAACGUGAACAAGAGAACCCAGAAAGGAGCAACUCCCCUCAUGUUUGCCGUCAGCUUGAAGAAGCUGGACAAGAUCAAAGCGUUGAUAAAGGCCGGGGCUGAUGUUAAUGCAGCUGACGAUUCUAAAAUUACAGCAUUUCAUCUGGCUACCAAUGAUGGGCAGAGUGUAAAUAUUGCAAAGUUCCUCCUUCAAAACGGUGCUCACCCAGAUCUGAAGGAUAGAUUUGGUAGAACACCACUAGAGAAUGCUGUGAUGCAAGGCAAGCUCCGAGUGCUUCAGCUGCUGCUGUUGGCUGACUGUGACAGAAGCUACAGUCUACUCAGCAGCGAUGCCGUCCAGGUGUUGUGUGACCGCGUCCCUGUGUUCCGAGACUGGCUCUACAAGGAGAUGUACAACCCCAAAAGUCUGAAGCGACUAUGCAGAGGAAGUUUACGGCAUUGUCUCACACUUAAGGGGCUCACAGCCAUAAAUGAACUUCAGCUACCUCAAUCACUGAAAGACUUCCUCCUCGUCAGAUAUUAUGAUUGAGCUGUUAUUUAAUACUUGAACUGCUGGAUCACAGACAGCCUGUGAUAGUACUCUGCAGUAUGUACAAAGUACACAGUAGAUAUCAGCAAAGUGGAAUGGAACAGAUCGUUGGGUAUGUUCAUUUGACUUGACGAAGAACUAUUGAAAGCUCCUUCAGAUACUGCAGCCUCAGAAGGGUAUAUCUGUGAGACUAAUGUCAUUAUUCCUCAGAGUUUGUAGCAAGUCCUGCUUGAACAAAACAAUGUGUUGUUUAAAUAUUCUGUCAGUUUUAUUCAAUUUCAAUUUGUAGCAACAUUGGGGCUUUAGUAAAUGUCUGAACAUUUUCGCCUCAAGUUCUACCAGUCAGUGAGGACUACAGUCAUUGGGUUCUUACAUGUCUUAAGCAUACUUAGAAGCCAUGGGCUGGCAGACUAGCGGGAACUGAGGAGGCUGUACUGACUUGUAAGCUCCUUCCACAACCUUUACAUCAUGGUUGAGAAAAAAAACAAGGUGAUGUUUCUCACUUGGUCAACGGGGCGGUGGGGUAGCCUUGUGGUUAAAGCGAUCACUCGUUACGCCGAAGGCCCGGGUUCGAUUCCCGACAUGGGUACAGUGUGUGAAGCCCAUUUCUGGUGUCCCCUGCUGUGAUAUUGCUGGAAUAUUGCUGAAAGCAGCGGAAAUCCCAACUCACUCACUUGUCAAUAGAUGGUUCAUUCAGCUUUGCCUAGGCCUUGCACUGUUGCUGUUAGUUCCUUUACCUGUGUUGAAUUUUAUUGUAUGAUUUACUUACACUGUUGAAUGUUCUCUUUGAGGCCUUUCUUCAUUCUUCCUAAAUUUUAUAUCUCAUAAAGAAUGAAUGAAUGAAUGAAUGAAUGAAUGAAUGAAUUGUCUUUAUUUCCUCCAAUAAUUUCGGAGAGUACAAUGAAUUAUGACAUGAAUACAAAAUACAUGAUUAUGUACAAAUCAUUUUAAAAUGUGAAAGAAAGUUAAGCAUAUGUAUAUAUAAUACGUAUAUAUAAUACACUGGGGCGUGAUAAAUGAUGAUUCAGGUCA